GUACGCAUGCGCGUCCUAAGUCUACGUCAGCUCUUCUAACUAACAAGCUGGUGGAAAGCUACGUGGCCCUCACUCGUCUGUCUGUCUUCUCAUCUAACACGACCUCAGAAACAGCCUAAAACAAUGGAUCAGGUUAUGCAGUUUGUGGAGCCCAGCCGGCAGUUCGUCAAAGACUCAAUAAGGCUGGUAAAGAGGUGCACAAAACCCGACAGAAAAGAAUUCCAGAAGAUCGCCAUGGCCACAGCUAUUGGGUUUGCCAUCAUGGGUUUCAUCGGUUUCUUCGUCAAACUCAUUCACAUCCCCAUCAACAACAUCAUUGUUGGUGGUUAAAUCCUGACUCAACCAAGACCGGACAAACAAUUCUGGAGAUAAUGAUGAUGAUGCAACGUGUUAUUGGGCUGGUGUGAUUGGGGACUGAAGGGAGGACAUUUUUACAUUCUGUGCACAACAUUUCUAUUUCGCUGUGUAAAUAAAACAAAUGGAAACCCA